GGUAUAAUGUGCACAAUUUCUGGUUUCGUUCCGUGCUAUGUGCACGAAAUGCUGGUAGCACGUAGCACCACAGAUUAAUAGAACUGCUACCGCUAAAAAGAACAAACUUAUAUAUCAAGUUAUUUUAUUGAGAUACAUACAAAAUAGAAAUAUAAAGGUUUAUAAUGAAAACAGAAAAAUGGGAAGAAUUAGAUGUGCGAUUAAGCGAUCCUGUAUUAAAAACACUUAGACAAUUAAGAUUUCUCGAUAUGACACCAGUUCAGGCAGCUUGUAUACCAUUAUUAUUGAGUGGUAAAGAUGUUGCAGCAGAAGCAGUUACAGGUAGCGGAAAAACACUUGCUUUUCUUGUUCCUCUAUUGGAAAUAUUACAAAAACGACCAGAUAAAUGGAAAACUAUAGAAGUAGGAGCAAUAAUAAUUAGUCCUACAAGAGAGCUGGCUACACAGAUUAGUGAAAUUUUAGAAAAAUUCUUAGAAAAACUUCCAUCAUUGAAGCAAGUAUUAUUAGUUGGAGGUGUGACACUUAAAGAAGAUGCAGAAAAUUUGAAGAAAGGAGUGAAUAUUAUUGUUGCUACACCUGGCAGAUUAGAAGAUAUUUUAUCCAAUUGUAGUUCCAUUAAUUUGAAUUUGUGCAUAAAAUCUUUGGAAUUUCUUGUUUUAGACGAAGCAGAUAGAUUGCUAGAUUUAGGAUUCUCUGCAACUUUAGACAGCAUUUUAAGUUAUUUGCCACGUCUUAGGAGAACAGGAUUAUUUUCUGCAACACAGACGAAAGAAUUACAACAAUUAAUUAGAGCAGGUCUGAGAAAUCCAGCAUUGGUAGUUGUCAAAGAGAAGUCUAAUAUUUCAACGCCUGUAAAUUUGAACAAUAGUUACACAAUUGUUCAACCUGAGCACAAAUUAUCAAUAAUGAUAGAUUUUAUACGCUCAAUAGGAUUUAAAACAAAAUAUAUGAUAUUUUUAUCUACUUGUGCAUGUGUGGAUUACUUUAGUCGAGUUAUACAAGUGUUGUUACCAUCAAUAAAUGUGCUAGCUCUACAUGGUAAAAUGAAAAGCAAGAGAUAUAAAAUAUUUGAUGAAUUUCGACAAGCUGAAAAUGGUAUUUUGAUAUGUACAGAUGUAAUGGCUCGUGGGAUUGAUAUAUCUGAAAUAAACUGGGUAUUACAAUAUGAUCCUCCAUCUACUGCCAGUAGUUUUGUACACAGAUGUGGUAGAACUGCUAGAAUUGGCAAUGAAGGAAAUGCAUUACUAUUUCUUCUAGAGACAGAAGAUGCAUAUGUAGAUUUUGUUAAAAGAAAUCAAAAAGUAGAACUGCAACAAAUAAAAACAAAACCAAAUGUCAAUAUCAUCGAAGAAUGCUUGCAAUGUAUGAGGCAUCUCCAACAAAAAGAUCGACUUAUGUUCGAUAAAGCAAAUCGCGCAUUUGUUUCAUAUAUACAAUCUUAUAGUAAACAUGAAUGCAGUUUAAUUCUUCGAUUAAAAGAUAUUGAUAUGGGAAAGUUGGCGAUGGGUUUUGGAUUAUUGAAAAUGCCAAAAAUGCCUGAGCUUAAAGGAAAGGAUGUGUCGUUUUUUGUUAGUCCUGAAAUUGAUAUAAACGCGAUACCUUAUGCGAACAAACAACGCGAAUUGCAUAGAAUAGAAAAAUUAACUAAAUAUCAAAACACAGGCAUUUGGUCAACGAAUCAUAAACGUAAACGGAAACAAACUGAAUCCUGGUCAGAAAGCAAGAAAAAAAAACUCGAAAGGCAAGAGAAACGAAAUAAACGAAAGGAAAAGAAGAAAUUAAAACAGGAAGUUUCAAGUUCCAGUAAAAAAAAGAGGAAACAAAUUAAAGAGGAAGAUCUUGAAGAAUUGGCGAAAGAUAUAGCGUUAAUUAAAAAAUUCAAGAAAAAGAAGAUCUCGCAAGAAGAGUUUGAUGCGGCGUUUGGAGUCUAAAAAUAUUAGUUAUAUAUAAGACAUAUGAGAUAUAAGAAUCUCGCAGAGAAAAUUCACGUUCCUGUUUGCGAAUUGUAAAAUUUGCGCACUUAAUCAAACAUAAGAUUCGUUUCUACAAGGCCCACGGUGCUUAUCCCUUCUCUCUUUCUCCCCACCUUUGCUCCAUCUUUAAAAG